GCCAUUUGUUUCCCAGGCAUGCAUCGCGCGAGAAUAUAAGACCAGGCUGGAGCAGCGUUAAUGGCUCCAGAAACACCGUGUCAUGGCCCCAAGCACGAUCAAGAGCAUAGAGGUUUUCAGAGUGCCUCCUCGCUGGCUCUUCGUGAGAGUUGAGACCGAAGGAGGGAUCGUUGGAUGGGGCGAAGGUACAUUGGAGGGACAUACCGAAGCAGUCGAAGGAGCCUUCAAGGACCUGAUCGAACGAUUCGUCGGUUGGGAUGCCGAUAAAAUCCAAGACAUCUGGCAGCAUGCUUAUCGAGCAAGAUUUUACAGAGGCGGCCCCGUAUUGAUGUCCGCACUGUCAGGCUUGGAUAUCGCCCUGUGGGAUAUCAAAGGCAAAAAGCUGGACGUGCCAGUCUGGCAGCUACUUGGGGGCAAGGUCCGCGAUCGCCUGAAGGUAUACGGCUGGAUCGGCGGGGACAAGCCUCAUGCUGUGAUUGAGGGUGCGAAGAGUCGCAAGCAGCAGGGCUUUACAGCUGUGAAGAUGAACGGCACAGAGGCGAUGGCAUGGAUAGAUUCCCCAGAACUGCUUAAGGAAACCGUGGCACGAGUCAGCGACGUGAAAACACUGGGACUGGACGUCGGUGUCGAUUUCCACGGACGCGUGCACAAGGGCAUGGCAAAGCAACUUGCAAAGCUCUUAGAACCGCUUCAGCCGCUCUUUAUCGAAGAACCUCUCCUCCCCACGCAGCCGCAAGAGAUCGCCGACCUCUCGGCGUUAGUAUCCACACCUAUCGCACUGGGUGAGCGUUUGUACGGCAGAAGCGACUUUAGGCCAUACCUUGAAGCCCGAGCCAUCGAUAUCGCUCAGCCGGAUGUGGCACAUUGUGGCGGCAUCAGCGAAAUGCAUAGAAUUGCCUCGCUCACUGAGACAUAUGACGUGGCGUUAGCCCCGCACUGUCCUCUGGGUCCAAUCGCGCUUGCAGCGUGCAUGCAAGUGGACAUUGCCUCGCCUAAUUUCUUCAUUCAAGAGCUGAGCCUACAGAUGCACUACAACGAAGGAGCCGACCUCCUCACGUAUCUUGUCGACCCAUCGAUCUUUGCUAUCAAAGACGGACACGUUGAAGUAUUGCAAGGGCCCGGCCUCGGAAUUAAGAUUCACGAGAAAUUGGUCCGCGAGUAUGCCGAACGCUACAGUCGUAAGAAGCCUUGGAUCAAUGCAAUGUGGAAUGGGCCAGACGGGUGCUUGAGAGAAUGGUGAUUCGUGAAUGUAAUCCCGUAUGUGGGCCACAGACAAUUUACUAUGUUACAGUACUGCCCUCACCCUCCGCAGAAAUUGAGUUUGCCAUGCCCUUCGUUUCAACGAUUGUUGACGCUCAGAACAACAGACCAGUUAAAUCUAGAGCAAACUUAGAACAGUUCUGCUAAGCCAACAAAAAGGCGAUUAUUCGGAGUGUGGUCGCAACGUGGAAGAGCAUUUCCAGGAUGGAAGGAGUUUGCCCGUGACGAUGACAGUUGGCGAGAGAGUGGCGAUUUGAACAGAAUCAUAUCUUCUCUCCAUUUGAAAUCGCGCGGAUCGCAACAAUUCCCUUGUUAUUGUCGGGUAUGUCCUGGAUACUGAGCAUGAUUUCUGACCCUC